CAAAGCUUUACGAAAAGAAGCAAUGGCGUUCACUUUUCAGUUGAAAAGUGUGAAGACUAUUAAAGAGGCUCGUACCAUACAGCUGCGUGUAUUUAAAAGAAGAUCAAGGGAUCGAAAUCCACACGAUAUGUAUUUCAUACAUCUUUAUCUGUCACAUGAAUUCAUUAGCAAUGUUUCAUUCAUAACAAACAAAAGUUUAAGUACGCGCUUAAUUGGGACACGUUUUGUGCGAAAUUCACGAGGCGAAUGGUUGACAUUUGAUGUAACUUCGCCUAUUCUGUCUAAACUGGUUCGUCAAACUGAAAUCAACUUCUUUAUUGAAGUUAGGUCGGUCAAAUAUUUGUCGGAUUCAAAACCUAUUUCAAUUGCAAAAGGUGGUCGUAAACAACCCUUUAUGCUUCUUUAUUUUCCCUUACCUCUGCAAAAGUUAAGCAAGGCUGCUAUGGGAGGACACACCAAGAAAAAUUCUAAUAAUUUUCCUUUACGUACUUUUUCAUUAACACGUUUUCCUCGUUCACUAAGUAGUUCUCUAUGUUCACGCAAAUCAAUGACUAUUAAUUUUCAACAAUUGGGUUACUCCAGUAUUUUGCAUCCACAAACAUACAACGCUCACACUUGUGCUGGGAUAUGUCCUGCAUUUUCAGGAAGUAAACAUCAAAAAAUGUACAUAUUUCUACGAAAUCGUCACCUUGGAAAAGGCGGUUGCUGCAUCCCCACCGAGUUUGAGCCGUUAUCAAUAUUAUAUUACAGUGAACCAAAGAAAAUAACUGUUUCUCGUUUACCAGGAAUGAUUGUAACCUCCUGUGGUUGUACAUAAUCUAAUAGUGUUUGUAUAUAAAUAGAGAGGUUAUGUUAGUAUAAA